AUGAAGACUUUCAUCAUUUGGUUAAGUUUCAUUGUUUUAUGUUGUCAUUGUCAAGAAACUCAAAAGUAUGUUAAUGAAGUUAAAGAAAAGUUUAUUGAUGAAAUAAAACAAGGAAUGGACGGAAUUCAUAAACUCAAAAAAGACUUAAUUUUUGCUUAUAAUCAUCCACAUGGAAAAAAUAGAGACUAUUCUAAAGAUAUUCCUGAAGAAGAUGAAGAAACUACUACAUCAUCUGACUCAGAGAUGAAUGAACAAAUAAUAAAUAUUGAUCAUGAUUGUGGAAGUGGUGAAAAGGAAUAUUACAAUUUAAAUAUUAGUACGUGUGGUGGGCAUUAUACUGUUAGAAUUAAUGAAUAUUUUAUUGAUCAAGAAUAUUUCAAUGCAUCAGAAAUUACUGUUACAGAUUCUACAUGUGAAACAACAGAAUGUACUGUUAAUGAAUUUUUUAUUGAUGAAAAUCUUUUUGAAAUAGGUCAAUUCAAAUUUAAUAAAUGUGUUAUUUUCAAAUAUAAUAAUAAGAAUAAUGAUACUCGUUAUAUGUCGGAAGUUGAUAUUUCUUUAGUUUGUGAUAAUACAACACUUAUUGAUUCAACUCAUUAUGCAUAUAAUUGUUCAACAAUGAAUCUAGUUUGUGAUGAUAAAGUUAUUUCUAAUCAUUUUUAUUCUACUACUGAUUAUUCACAAUUUAAAAAUUGUUUUACUGUACCUGUUCUUUGUAAUGAUAAGAGUCAAUGCACUCAAAUUACUGUUGGUUGUCCUGAAGAAUAUCAUUGUGAUAUAAGAUUUAAUAAUACACAACCUUGUAAUAUAAAUUGUAAUGAAACAAGAUUAGUAUCACAUUGUCUAUGUCCACCAGAUAAAAAAGGAAAAUGGUGUGAAGAACAAUCUGAUGUAGAAUGUAAUUUAGUUAGACUAGAGUCAAAUGUUCAAUCAUUUUCACAAAGUAAAUACCUUGACCAAGAAGAUCCUAACGAAGAAUUUGCUAUUCAAAUAUAUCCUUUUGACGGUGUUAGUGAUAUAGAAAUUUCUGUUUAUAUCAACUGUACUAAUCAAGUAAAGUAUGAUGACCAAUACCACUAUUGGAUCAAUACAUCUUCUCUUAUUUUUUCAUCCGACCCUGAACGUCAGUUACAAGUAAACAUUAUAAAUUUUUAUCAUUUUUAUGAUCGGUCUGAAAACUUUGCUUCAAAUAUUACAAAAGAACAAUAUCUAGCACAACAACCAAUUAAAUUUAUAAUCAACUCUACGUUCUUAACAACAACAAAGUCAUGGAAUGGUGAUUUGUUAUAUGCAGAAAUUGUUAUUAACCCUCAUUUAUCUUCUACUUCAUUUGCAUUAUCAAAAUUCUAUAUUCAAAGAAAACAUACUGAAGAAAAGUACAAUAAAUAUAAUUGGAUAAAACAAAAUUGGUUGGUUUUAAUUCUAGUCACUGGUGUUCUUCUUCUAAUUCUCAUGGCAUUAUUAUGGUAUUAUUGGAAAAACAAACAAGAGUUUGUUCAUGUGAAAGAAGUUUAA